GCUGCUUGUGCCUGGGCGCCAUGAAGGGCAAGGAGGAGAAGGAGAAGGAGGGCGGCGGCGUCGCGGGGCUGCCGGGGAGCGGAGGCGGGCCGGGCCUGGGCCUGGGUCCCGGCGGCGGCGGCGGCGGCGGAGGAGGCCUGGCGGGCGGCAGCCCGGAGAAGAGCCGCAGCGCCCAGGAGUACAAGGAGCAGGGCAACCGCCUCUUCGUCGGCCGCAAGUACCCCGAGGCCGCCGCCUGCUACGGGAGGGCCAUCAACCGGAACCCAUUAGUGGCCGUUUACUACACGAACCGUGCCUUAUGCUACCUGAAGAUGCAUCAACACGACAAAGCCCUGGCCGACUGCAAGCACGCCCUGGAGCUGGACAGCCAGUCGGUGAAGGCCCACUUCUUCCUGGGGCAGUGCCAGAUGGAGAUGGAGAACUACGACGAGGCCAUCGCGAACCUGCAGAGAGCCUAUAACUUAGCCAAGGAGCAACGCUUGAACUUUGGGGACGACAUUCCCAGCGCUCUGCGGAUCGCCAAGAAGAAGCGCUGGAACAAUAUCGAGGAGAAGCGGAUCAACCAGGAAGACGAGCUGCAUUCCUAUCUAACCAAACUCAUCGUGGCGGAGAAGGAGAGGGAGUUAGAAGAAUGUCGGCGGGCGCAGAAAGAGGAGAAUGUGGAUGAAAACCGGAGCCGGGCACAGCUGGCGAACAUCGAAACCAAACACGAAAAGUACCUGGCAGACAUGGAUGAGCUCUUCUCUCAAGUGGACGCGAAACGAAAGAAACGAGACAUCCCUGAUUAUCUGUGCGGGAAGAUCAGCUUUGAACUGAUGCGAGAGCCUUGCAUCACACCUAGCGGGAUCACCUACGACAGGAAAGACAUAGAAGAGCACCUCCAGCGCGUCGGCCACUUUGACCCCGUGACCCGAAGCCCUUUGACCCAAGACCAGCUGAUCCCAAACCUGGCCAUGAAGGAGGUGAUAGACGCGUUCAUAUCGGAAAACGGCUGGGUCGAAGAGUACUGACGAAGCGAGGGGGGAGAGGCCGGGCCCGCCUGCCCCCUCUCAGUGGCCCGAGCCGCGGCAGCCAAGGCACAUCAAGGACUGCGCUUCGAGCUAGUUGGGCCGGCAAAAAAAUGCCUUACUCACUUGUCUGUUUGGCUGUCUGCUCGCUCUCUCUCUCUCUCUCCUUCCUUUUCCCGCUCUCGAUUACCGGAGAGCAGCGUUGGCUUUGCUAGAUUAGGGCAUCGGCUCCCCCCUGGGAACGAGGAUCACAGAAUGGUUCGUCCCGUCGAUCUCCUUCUGAGCAUCUUUCCGACAGGGUGAGUAGAAGCCAGGCCCCCCCCAGCUCAGCUUUCAGAAAGGUGAGGAAAGCCAGAGGGAAAUGUGCCCUUCCCCUAGAGGGGGUCUGUCCAGCCGCCAUUUUCCAAGGGCCCCGAAGCCCAGAACUCCUUCAGAAGUUGGGUCUGCACCUCGGGAGGAUGCUCAGGCUGGGCUUUCUUCCGAACGCCUCCUUUCCUCCUCCCGCCCCUCCCUCACAUCGCCAAGCUGCUGCCGAAGACCCGUCUUCUGCAAAUGAAAAACUCUCCCAAACGGGCCGUGCGCUUUUUCUUGUCCCCCCCCUUCCGUCCCUGCUUGCUUUGAGCUGUCAUUUCUCGCCCCCUCGCCUCCCCUGUAAAAAGUUUUUUUUGCAUUUUCCACGUUACUUUUCCUGUUUGUCCAGGAUAGCCGUUGUAAUCUUUGUAAAUAAAUAGUCUCUUGUUUCAGG